AUGGAAGAUCUCGGUGGCGAGGGUAACGACGACAUAUUAGCGAUGGCGGCACAAGGCCUUGCGGAACAAGACACCUUCUUCUGGGACGACUCGUGCUCCUUCCCGAUUCUUUCCGACAACAACCCAAAGGAUGUGGCAGCGGUGGCUGUGGCGGUGGUGGAGACAGAAUCUCCACCGACCAACCGGAAAAAGAGGAAACCGGGCGGUGAUGAAAAGAAAAGUGAGCACGAGCAACAUAUAUGGAUAGAAAGAGAGAGGAGGAAGAAGAUGAGGGACAUGUUUGCAAAUCUUCAUGCUUUGAUGCCCCACCUCCCUCCAAGGGCAGACAAAGCCACCAUAGUGGAUGAAGCAGUAGUAUUCAUCCAAAAGCUACAGCAAACUCUUGGAGCCCUCCAGACACAAAAGGCUCAAAGGCUGUAUGGGACUGCUAAACUCUCGCCUCAAACAAGAGAAGCUUUUCUAGCCGAGCAGGUAUCCACGAGCCGUGGGCCCACAGCUUCGUCGAACCCGCCGAGCCCGUUAUUUGCUAACGGGCCCGUCUACUUCAAGACGUGGACUUCCCCAAAUGUCAUCCUCAGCGCGUGUGGGAAGGACGCACAAAUCAACAUAUGCUGCCCGACAAAACCGUGCCUGCCGGCGGCCGUUUGCUUCGUGUUGGAUAAGUACAAAAUCGAGGUUCUUUCCGGUCAAGUCUCGUCUGGAGCCGAUCGGAGCAUGUUCAUGCUUCAAGUCCGAGCAACUGGACCGUUAGUGCAGUGCUCAGGAUCAUCACUUGUAGUUGAAGAAAUAUUCAAGCAAGCUGCUGCAGAGUUAAUGGUGUGGGUUCAGCCUCAAGACGGACAUGUUUAA